GUAUGGCAUGAACUGCCUCAUUCAGUUUGAGGAUUUUGCUAAUAUGAAUGCAUUCCGCCUCCUGCACAAGUACCGUAACAAGUAUUGCACUUUCAAUGAUGAUAUUCAAGGAACUGCAUCUGUGGCUGUUGCAGGUCUUCUUGCAGCUCUGCGUAUCACCAAGAACAAGUUAUCAGAUCACACAGUGUUGUUCCAGGGAGCUGGAGAGGCUGCCCUGGGGAUAGCAAACCUCAUUGUUAUGGCUAUGGAAAAAGAAGGGAUAUCUACAGAUGCAGCUAUCAAAAGGAUAUGGAUGGUUGACUCAAAGGGAUUAAUAGUAAAGGGGCGUGCCUCCUUAACAACUGAGAAACAACGCUUUGCCCAUAAACACGAUGAAAUGAAAAAUCUAGAAGAUAUUGUUAAAGAUAUAAAACCAACUGUGCUAAUAGGAGUUGCUGCGAUUGGUGGUGCUUUUACUAAGCAAAUUCUUCAGGAUAUGGCUGCUUUGAACGAACGCCCUAUUAUUUUUGCCCUCAGCAAUCCUACCAGCAAAGCAGAAUGCACUGCUGAGCAGUGCUACAAAUAUACAGAGGGACGUGGCAUUUUUGCCAGUGGAAGUCCUUUUGAUCCUGUCACUCUUCCAAGUGGACAAACUCUCUAUCCUGGACAGGGUAACAAUUCCUAUGUGUUCCCUGGAGUUGCCCUUGGUGUUAUUUCAUGUGGACUGAAACAUAUUGGUGAGGAUGUGUUCCUCACAACUGCUGAGGUAAUAGCUCAGCAAGUUUCAGAGGAGAAUUUACAGGAAGGUCGUCUGUACCCUCCGUUAGUCACUAUUCAGGAUGUGUCACUGAAAAUUGCUGUGAGGAUCGCAGAAGAGGCCUACAGGAAUAACAUGGCCUCCACCUAUCCUCAGCCCAAGGACCUAGAAGCCUUCAUCCGCUCGCAGAUGUACAGCACCGACUACAGCAGCUUUGCGGCUGACUCCUACAGCUGGCCUGAAGAAGCCAUGAAAGUGAAACUGUAAAUAUUUAAUGGAGAACAAACAAACCAACAGCAGCUUAAAAGCAUUUAAUUAUUCAGAACGUUUCUGCCGAGGAAGCCUGAGAAUAGCUGAUUUUUUAAGAUGCAGAAAACUUUUUCUAAAUUGUAAUAUUUAGUUAGAAACCGAGAUCAAGAAAUCAUAUUAAUUAUAUACCAGAAAAUAAAAAUUAAAUUCAGA